AUGGCAGCUCUUUCAAGUUCUUCCUUCCUUGUGUCAAAGACCCCAUCUGCUGGCUCCCCUUUGAAGGCAGCGGAGCAACGUAUCGGGAGUUUGGCUCCCAACAACAUCUCGCUUGGACUGAAGCAUUCUGGGAAGUCUUCCAUCUCCAAAAAGGAGCUGACUGUUAAUGCUAGCUAUGGUGAUGGUGGAAAAUCUGGUGGUGGGAGCUUCUUCAUUGGUGGCUUCAUAUUGGGAGGAAUAAUUAUGGGGACACUCGGAUGCAUCUAUGCUCCGCAGAUUAGCAAGGCAAUAGCUGUGGCAAACACUGACAAAAAGGAUCUGAUGAGGAAGUUGCCGAAAUUCAUCUAUGAUGAGGACAAAGCUUUGGAGAAACAGCGCAAGAAACUGGAGGCGAAGAUCGAGCAACUUAAUGAUGCUAUUGAUAAUGUAUCCAGCCAAUUGCGAGCAGAACAUUCCCCAAAUGGAGAAGAUGUGAAGUCUGAUGGAUAUGAAGCUCUUGCAUAG